UCACUCUCACUCAAAAUGGGUUUUGCAAAAGCUCUAGUUUUUGUUCAGCUCUCUAUUCUCCUCCUCAACUCCUUCACCGUUCUUGCUGACUUCUCCGCUAUCGAAGCUCAGUCACCGGUGCCGCCGCGCCACCACGGCUACUAUGCACACCCAAUAGCCGCCCCUGCCCACCCUCCCACUCACGGCCACCACCACCACCACCCCAAACCUCACCCUCACCCUCCAACCGUCGCCCCGGUUCACCCUCCGGCUCACGCUCCUGCCCACCCUCCCUCUCACCACCACCACCACGCUCACCCACCUUCCGUCGCCCCGGCUCACUCUCCUUACCACCACGCUCCUGUUAAGCCUCCAAGCCACCCUCCUGUUAAGCCCCCGAGCCACCCUCCUGUUCACCCCGCACCACCUGCUCACGCUCCUGCCCCAGUUCACCCUCCUAAGAAGCCCUUCCCUCGUAGCUUCGUCGCCGUUCAAGGCGUCGUCUACUGCAAGUCUUGCAAGUACUCCGGCGUCGACACUCUCCUCAACGCCACCGCCAUCGCCGGUGCCACUGUGAAGCUGCAGUGCAACAACACCAAGUACCCGCUCGUCGUUAAAGGCACGACGGACAAGAACGGCUACUUCUUCAUCUCAGCUCCCAAGACCAUCACCACUUUCGGUGCACACAAAUGCAAGGCCUUCCUUGUCUCCGCUCCCACCACCGCGUGUUCCAAGAUCAGCGACUUCCACGGCGGUCUCACCGGCGCCGUUCUAAGGCCAACAAAGCCAUUCGUGUCCGAGAAGAAGCUCCCCUUCCUUCUCUACACCGUCGGUCCUUUCGCCUUCGAGUCCAAAUGCCCUCGUUGAUUAGCUAAUUUACAGUCGCUGCCCCUCUGAUUCCUAGAAGACUGUGUCGUCUGCUGUAUUAUUAGGGUUUGAGUUUGAAGGGUUUCCCCCCACUCUAUAAUGGAUGGUUUAAAUUUGGAACUGUGUUGCUUAAUUACUUGGUUUUACAAUAAUUAAUAACAGUUAAUUUAUCCACAUCCUCUGUUUUUACUGUUUUUGAAGUUGUAAAAUAGGAAUCGGCUAUUUUUACGUGUAGUGAAUUGAUGGGUUCAACGGUCAUAAGCAGUUUAAGUGGGUACUAUUUUGUACAAUGGCAGACAUGUAGCUUUCACUUUCACUGAGAAUAAAGAAAAGCUUUGAAAUUGUGAAUUU